CCCGGCUGCGGGGAGGGUGACCGUCAGGGCCGUCUGCUAUAGGUCCAUGCGCAAACAUGAGAAGCCUCACGACGUCAGAGUAGGGUGGAAUACAUGUGUUUAAUCAGUUCAAGUUCAAGAUUCUGGGGUGUUUUUGUGGCUAUAGUUGGCGAUGUGGAUGUAGAACAACAAUAAUUCAUCUCGAGUCUGUUUAUUUUACUUAAACCUGAACUAUACUUGGACAUGGACACCCCAGAAACCGGUUGUUAUUGCUCCUGUUCUUUGGAGCAUACGUUUAAGUAUGCCUUUUCAUGGUGGGAACAUUUGUCAGUGUGAGGUAAGAGCUGAUUUUGUACCCUCAGUCUAGGCUAUCGUAAAUCCUCAAGUAAAGACAGAGAUUCAAUUAGAAAACAGGCUGUGCAGCCUAAAUAAAUAAAACCCUCUGGCCACAAUUGAGGAUUUACGGUAUACUAACCUGUUCAAUUCUGUACUGCUCCUGUUCUUUGGAGUACAAGUUUAAGUAGGCCUUUACAUGAUGGGUACAUUAGUCAGUGAGAGGUAAGAGCUGACUUUGUAUCCUCAAUCUAGGCCAUACUAACCAGUUCAAUGCUCUAUUAAUACUAAACUGUAUUAUUUAAAUAAUAAUAAUUAUAAUACUAAAAUCAUGUUUUAUCCAUAGAUCACUUUUGAGGACAGCACUCAGCCACAGAUUCAAAUAGCUGCGGCUGAGUGUUCUUGUGUGGCUGGAACUGCUCUCUGCAAUCACAGUGUUGCACUGCUGUACCAGAGCACGAAAUACUCGGCAUUGCAACUGAAAGCAGUUCCGCCAGUCCUCAGCUGCACUGAAACUGAGCAGCAGUGGCAUAAGCCCCGAAAACUGGUUAGUACUUAAGAACUAAGCAGAUUGUUAAUGUUAUAUGGAUUUUUGAAAUUUGAUUGAAACUUUACCCGCUUUCUUGAUAGGGUGUGAAACCUGGCAGAGUGAGUAAUAUGGUAUUUGUCUCAACCAAACCAAAGUCGAGACAGUACACAGCUGCUGAUGGUGUGAGGAGCAAGCGCUACAAAGCAGUGCGGGGGGACUUGCCAGACCCAGAUGUCCUGAAGGUCGACGAGGCAUACCAGGACUUCAUGGCAGACCUUGCACCAUUAAUCACCACGCUCUCCAUAAGUCCUGGUGUCCCCCUCGUCAAUUCCACUUUUGGGAGCGUUCAAGAUGGAAGCCCUAUUUCUUAUCAGCACCCUGUGCCAGUGAGUAGGGUCAUCAUCCACCACCCAGACGCACCCUCUCCACCCCCACUGCCGUUACAUGGUCACAGGCUGGACCCAAGCACAUGUUCCUUUGUGUGCACUCACCAACAACAAUGUAAUGCAAUGGCGCUUACCAUCAAUUUCGACAUGGCAAGAUCCAUUGAGAGGGCCACAAGGGAACAGAGUGGUAGCGCAGAAUGGCACAGCCUGAGGAAGAUGAGGCUCACCUCCUCAAGGUUCCGGGAGGUGUGCCAUGUCAGAGGUCACAGCUCUGCUGAGAACCUUGCCGAACGUAUCCGCAAAGGUGGGGUUCAGACAGCUCUGAUGAAGAGGGGGCUUGCACUGGAGCCAGUAGCUAUUCAGGAGUAUGCCCACAUUAAAAACAUCAGCUACUGGCCAUCAGGAUUUGUCAUCCAUCCAGAUGCUCCCUGGCUCGGUUCUUCUCCAGAUGGGGUCGUUUUUGAUCCCACGGAGGCACCACCAUUUGGGCUGGUGGAGGUGAAGUGUCCUAACGUGAAGAGCUACGUGGACUGCGGGUACCUGCGCAUGCAGAAUGGCGCCCUCCGUCUGAAGCCAAGCCACAGCUACUACUGGCAGGUGCAAGGCCAGCUGCUUAUCACAGGGAUGCAGUGGUGUGAUUUUGUGGUUUUUGCAGAGGAUGAUGUUCUUGUGCAAAGAAUUUAUAAAGAUGCUGAGGUUGCCAGGGUCAUAAGGGAGAGGGGGGAUUAUUUCUUUUUCUAUCAUUUUUUAAUCUGA